UGGAAUCGUAAUGAUUAGAUUUUAUUGGUUGAUGGUUAUUGAUUGAGGCGUGUUUCUUGGAUUAUCAAGUUAAUGUGCUCCUGAGGGGAACAUUGUCGGGGAGUGUCGGGAUUGUAGUGGGGGGUAGACAAGGCCUGGUAGCGGGGUUGGAGAAUUGACAGCGAGCAUGGUGGGCUUCGGAGCCCCGCGUCGCACUGGUCGCUUGCCGCCCUUUGUGCUGAUUGCGCUCUUGGCUGUUAUCGGUCUUUUGGCCUUUAAUUACUGGAGUGUAUCUGCCCGCCAGGCCGCUCUCCAUGACGAGCUGUUGGGACUGCAGGCUCAAGUCCAGCGCACAGAGGUGGCACGGAGCCGACUGGAGAAGCGCAACUCGGAGUUAAUAAUGCAGAUGGACACUCACCGGAGGCAGAUGGAACAGAAGCAGGGCGAGUACCAGGGGCUUGGGGAGCGGCUACAGGCCCGGGAUAUGCAGGCGCAGCGCUGUGAGAUGGACAAGUCUAAACUGCAGAACAAUGUGUCCCUUCAGAUGGCAGACAUCAGUCGCUUAAAGGAGCAGCUUGCUGAACUGCGGCACGAGUUUCUGAGACAGGAAGAUCAGUUGCACGAGUUUAAGAAUAAUAAUACUUUCCUUCAGAAGUCCCUGCAGGAAGAAAGUCAGCAGUGCGCACAGCAACUAGCAGAACGUAAGCGUGAAUAUGAGGAAAACCUAACCAAGCUAAAGGAGGAUCUGGAUAAGCAACCCAAGAAAGAGGAAGAAGAGGGAGGUGCUGUUGAUAAUAAGAUGAACACAUUACCCAGUGAGGUGAAAGAAAAGGUAGAGGAUCCUUCCAGUAACCGCCUGCCUUAUGCACAAGAUGGUGUCAAACCUGAGAGUGAUGCUGGAAUGCCAGAGAUAGAAGACAACGAGCCAGCAAAAGAAGAUGGUCAUCCCAAUGAUGUGAAGGGACAGGAUACUGUUGCUUUGCCAAGUCAAAGUAAAAGCCUACUUGAAAAGCAUCCCUCCCUUCAGCCAGUAUCAUUUACUGAGAUUGAAGUGAAGAACCUCCUGCCUGGUGAUAAAAAGGACACUGUGCAGCCCCCAGAAGUAGAAGAGAAUGCCUUACAAUUAGAGCCACAUCCUCAAAAGCAAAUGCCCAGGGAUUCAAAGAAGAUGAGCUUUAACUUAAAACAAAGUCGGUUCUUUGAUGAGAAUGAGUCCCCUGUAGAUCCUCAGCAUGGAUCAAAAGUGGCAGACUAUAACGGGGAUGAUGGGAACGUGGGCGAGUAUGAGGCAGACAAGCAGGCAGAACUGGCUUACAAUGAGGAAGAGGAUGGUGAUGGGGGAGAAGAAGAUGUGCAAGAAGAUGAUGAUCAUGACGGACAAGCAGAUGCUGGUGAAUACCAUAAAGAUCACCUAAAUGAAACGCUGUAACUUGGGACACUAGUAAAAUCAGAUCAUAGAGCGCUUGAUUGAUGUAAGGGUUUCUCCGGUCUGUUUCCUGUCUUGUGAAAAGAAGGUUUAAGGAUCAAGAAUAUAUCUGCCCGAAAGAGCAUCAAGUAAAGAUCAGUGAUGCCGCUGAGGUACUGAUGUAAGCCCUUACUGUGUUGAAUGGACUGAUGCCGAUGGAUAAGGACCUGCACAAACAAAUGCCGACUCUUUCUAGCGAAUAAAUAGAAGUUUUAACUGGGCCCCAUUUCACUGGGUUGUAAAGAGGGGGACAAUUUUAAGAAAUGUGUUCAUGAUUCCGCUUCCAUUAGGAUUCUUUAUGGGUUCCAGGCUCGGCCGGCCAGAUAAUGAAUUCUGCACACCGGUGCCUAAACUGUACAGAAAAGCAAGGCCUCACGAAGGAGAGACGGUCUCCUGCAUCCGUUACACUGAAUUCUCGAAGCUGUGCUUUACCUCCAUUCUGACAGUGAUGCUGUUCCCAUCAAUGGUUAUUGCCGUGUUAUUUAUAAAAGCUUUCAGAUAUAGAAUCUACAGUAUUUAAGAUCAUAUUUAGGACUUAACUAAUGGGGGGGGGGUAACAAGGUUGAGCGUUAUAGGAUCAUAUCUUCCUCAGCAAGCAGCACAGCCAAGUACCAGUGUCACUAAAUCUGUUUGUACAUUACUUGUAUUUUGUAUGUAAUUGUGUAAAUAGAACGACCAGCUGCGAUUAGUGUGUGAUUUGCACUCCCUGUGUCUUAAAGGGCCAGAUUAGUCUCUUUAUUUGAAAUGCGGGCGGUUUGCGUUAGCGUAUGUAUAUAGAGAUCUCUAGUAAAAGGCUUUGGGCUGGCACUAGUAGUCGCAUACUCUCUGAUCAGUGUAAAUGUGCCAGGGUGUAAAGAGAAACAAAACGCACCAUCCCAGAGUGCGGUUUUUGUACACUAGUCAUAACACAUCCACCUACCCACAGCUCCCUUUUCUCCGAUUUCCAAGGGAGGAAAUGCCAAAAAUAUGUAGUGGGAAUUUAAAAGUAGAAACCUGAUUGAGAUCAGAUGUUGGCAGUAGGCCCAAAGUAAAAUGGUUUCUUCUGUUUUCUACAUGUUGUAGUCACAGAGCCCUACCCAUUUCUUAACCACCAGCUUCUAUGCAGUUACCAGGCUCCUCGGGUUAAUUACCUGGAACCUGUUUUUUUUCCCAAACCAUGAAUACUGAGCAUUUCAUUGGAAUAAAGAAGAUCAAGGUAACAACACUUCAGUACUUACCCACUUGAUAGAUUCUGGAACGGUUUUGGGACAUAAAUGAUGGGCUUGCCUCCAUUUUCUACUGACUUAAUCUCUCUCUCAUAUGUUGUAUUCUUUUCUUUCACCUGGCCAGUGCUGUGGCCCAUUCAUGUGAGGAGCUACAAAUAAAGGUGAUAGAAAGGU